AUGGAAGAUGGUAGAGAGGAAGGUGAGGUGCUUCCCAUUGAGGACACUUUGAAAGUUGACGCUUUGGCUGCUAUUGAUGACAAGGACCUUUCUUGGUUUGCGGAUUUGCUUGAGCUCAAGACUCAAUGGGCCAUUAAGGCUAUCAACUUUGAUUUGGCAAGUGCCGGAGAGCAACGAAUGCUAGAUUUACAUGAGUUAAAGGAGUUGUGGAUGGAUGCCUAUGAUUGUACUAGCACAUAUAAUGCUAAGACUAAGGAAUGGCAUGAUCAAAGGUUAUUAAAGAAGGAAUUUGCCAAGGGGGACAAGGUCCUAUUGUUUAAUUCUCACCUCAAGCUUUUUCCGGGGAAGUUGAAAUCCAAAUGGACCGGUCCUUUCGUUGUUAAGCAAGUUCAUCCUCUUGGUGUGGUGGAAUUAUGGAACAAGGAGCACACAUCUUUGUUUAAGGUUAAUGGAUACCGGCUCAAGGUUUAUUAUGAUGGUCCAAUCAAUCGAGCCAUGUCUGUUAUUCAUCUCUUAGCUCCUCCUUAG